AUGUUUAACGCCGCCGUCGGGCUGAUCGACAACGAGAGAUUUGAGGGUUUUCAGUCCCUUGCAAAGGGCCUUGCAAAGGGCAUCAGCACGCUCUUUGGCCGAAACAUAUUAGUGCCCGAUGUUGUUAUUACCGACUUUGACGAUCAGAUGAAGAAGACCAUUGGGAUUGAGUUUCCGGUCACUCAGCAGCAGCUAUGCAUCCAUCACAUCAACUCCAACCUGAUGCUACAGUCCAAACGGAGGUGGGUGUAUUCCACAAGGGAUAGUGGCACCGGGGACGAAAGCAAUUCGGACGAGCCCGAUGCUACCUUGAACCCACGCGAUGGGCAAGCAGUACAUGCAUCUGAAGGCAAGAGGAGUCAGUCACACGAGACAAGUUGCAUCAGUCUGUGCCCCACGACUACAAUGGAGUGCUUGUGCUGUGGAAGCUGGUGGCUUUUGCUGAGACAGGAUAGGAACAUCAGAAGGCUUGGGAAUGCCUCUGUCGGCAAUUUAGUGACCAGAGAGCAAUCCUCACGUAUCUACAUGUACCGUAAGUUCGGCAUCCGAGUAAUUUCUGGCACGGAGGCCGGCGACGACGUAAAGAGCCAUCUUUUGAACGGAAUGGGCCAUUUCUACCGGCUUGUUGAGGCAUUUCAGGGCAUACUAGCAGACCAGGAGAGGGAGUUCCGCCAGGCCUGUGCCCGGGAUGAGGUGUUGACGGCGCGAAAGCACGUUGGGCAGGGCUCGGAAUGUCUCGGCGGGCUUCCUUACAUGGUGUCUAGGAAGGCACUUUGA